AUAACCCCGAGGCCGCGGGUUCGAAUCCCGCCAUUUCCUGUCGCCAUGUCCAUGGUGGCCGCUGUCGCCGCCACCGCCACGUGUCCGGGCCGAUGUUGGGGACAUCCCGAGGGUGUCCCCAAAGGGGUGGCACCGUCCCCACCUCGUCACUUCACCUUCGAACCCCCCCCUGCGCCCCGAGGUCCCUCCAGGCCUCGGCGACCUCGGCAUCGCCGCGUUCUUUAUCCGCCCGCUGUGCGCCGCCCCCUCCCCUCCGAAGAACCCAGCGCCGCCAAACGCCUCCUGCUCCUCCUGCUGGCCGUGGUGGGCACCCAAAUCUACAACGCGCCGGGAGACGACGGCGCCGCCGGUUUGGGGACCAGAACGGACUUGGGGACAACUCUGGGGACAAAUUUGACAACGAGGACAAUCCCAGUUCUGGAGGAACCCCAAAUUCCGGCCUGGAACGCCAACGGAACCGCGGGUGGCGCCUGUCCCGCUUUCCUGUGGGUGUCACCCCCUUUGUCACCAGCUGGAGGCGCCAGGACGCGCUGAGGGACAAUCCCAGAAUCCUCCUGGGUUAAUUAACGAGGUCGUUAAUUAACAAGGCCGUUAAUUACGGCGGAAGAGCCGGGAGAAGGCGGCGACGUCGAACGAGCCCAGUUUGGAACUGGGAGGACUGGAAAGGGGAGGAACCAUGAAUUGAGGGGGGGUUGUUCCCAUUCCCUAAUUAAUUAGCUCAUUAAUUACCCCUUAAUUAGCUGGUUAAUUAAUGAGCAACUCAUUAAUUAGCCCCCAAGGUUGACUGGUUAAUGGUGGGACCAGUCCCAGUCGGGAACUGGGAGCACUGGGAAAGGGGGCGUGGUCAGGAUGGGCCUCGUUAAUGAGGUUUAAUUAACGAGGUUUGAAUUAUUUAU